UCCCGCCAAAGAUGAGGAGUCUUUAAAUGUUAACUUAAUAUUGCUUUAACUUUAAAUCUGUGUAUUAAAAUUUUUUAAACCUCGACCUUUUGUGAUUUUAAUUUUUCUUUAUUGAUUAUUUUUAAUAAUGGAUGGUUUCGAUGAUCCUGGUGUCUAUUUCAGCAAUGUUUCCAGCCUCCAAGAUGAAGGAGAAGGAAGACAAAUCAACUUAACUGGAAUCAAAAGAAAGUUCAAAGAUUUUCUCAAGCAGUACCAUGAAGGGAAUUUGCUUUACAAAUACAGAGACAUGCUGCGACGCCAAUAUAACAUUGGCCAAUUUUGGAUUGAAGUAGCACUAGAAGACAUAUCCAGUUAUGAUGAGGAUCUUGCAACUCAAAUUACCAAAUAUCCGAUUGAGAGUUUACCUUUGUUUGAAGAAGCUGCUAAAGAAGUCGGUGAUGAAGUGACCCGACCAAGACCUGAAGGCGAAGAAGAAGCCCGUGACUUUCAAGUUCUCAUUUCAUCAGACGGGCACUGUGUUUCAUUGCGGGAUCUUAAGUCUGAUUACAUCUCAAAGUUGGUCAGAGUAUCUGGUAUCGUCAUUGCCGCUUCAUCAGUGCGCGCUAAAGCAACUGAAGUAGCUAUUCAGUGUCGAGGUUGUCGAGAGAUAGUCAGUAGUCUUCAUGUUCGACCCGGUUUAGAAGGUUUUUUGAUGCCACGUAAAUGUAAUAGUGACCAGGCUGGAAGAACUGCUAAGUGUCCUUUAGAUCCUUAUUUUAUCAUACCAGAUAAGUGUAAAUGUAUCGACUUUCAAACUCUCAAGCUCCAAGAAGCUCCCGAAGCGGUACCCCAAGGAGAAAUGCCACGACACUUGCAAAUGUAUUGCGAUAGAUAUUUGUGUGAACGAGUUGUUCCUGGUAAUCGAGUGACUGUGGUUGGUAUUUAUUCAAUUAAAAAGAUUUCCGCCAUGAAACAUGAUAGGAAGGCUAAUACUGGUGUGAGAAAUCCUUACAUAAGAGUCAUUGGAAUUCAAAUUCAAAGUGAAAACUUUGGUCAUCGUGCGGUCAUUCCGUAUACAUCUGAGGAGGAAGAAUAUUUCAUUAACUUAGCUGCUAGUCCGAAUGUCUAUGAUCGGAUUGUUAAAAGUAUUGCUCCAUCAGUUUACGGAUGUACAGAUAUGAAGAAAGCUAUUGCGUGCCUGUUGUUCAGUGGAUCAAGAAAACGAUUGCCUGAUGGCUUAACUCGUAGAGGAGAUAUCAACGUACUUUUCCUUGGUGAUCCUGGUACGGCAAAGAGUCAACUUUUGAAAUUCGUUGAAAAAGUAGCUCCCAUUGGUGUUUAUACUUCAGGAAAAGGAAGCUCUGCAGCUGGUUUAACUGCAUCUGUGACGCGAGACCCAGCUACGAGAAACUUCAUCAUGGAAGGUGGUGCUAUGGUCUUAGCUGACGGAGGAUGUGUUUGUAUAGACGAGUUCGAUAAAAUGAGAGAAGAUGAUAGAGUUGCUAUUCACGAAGCUAUGGAACAACAAACAAUUUCAAUUGCUAAAGCUGGUAUUACUACUACGCUCAACUCUAGGUGUGCAGUCUUGGCAGCUGCCAAUAGUGUUUUCGGUAGAUGGGAUGACACCAAAGCCGACCAGAAUAUCGAAUUCAUGCCUACUAUUUUAGCUCGUUUUGAUAUGAUUUUUGUCAUCAAAGAUGAGCACAAUGAAAGAAAGGAUGCAACUUUAGCCAGACACGUUAUGGAUGUACACAUGAACGCACAAACAACUAUUGAGGAUAGUAUAGAAGGUGAACUUAGCUUAAAUACGUUGAAAAAAUAUGUAAGCUAUUGUAGAUCUAAAUGUGGCCCUAGAUUAAGUGCUGAUGCAGGCAGAAAGCUUAUUGAAAGUUAUGUUAACAUGAGAAAUGGUGGUGAUGAUCCUGAUGCCAGUCGGCGCUCAACUAUUCCUAUCACUGUUCGUCAAUUGGAAGCUGUUGUUCGAAUAUCUGAAAGUUUAGCUAAAAUGGAACUCAAACCUUUUGUUGAAGAUCGUCAUGUUGAAGAGGCCAAAAGACUUUUCAGUGCUUCAACACUUAAAGCUGCUUCCAGCGGUGAUCUAGCUGGUGCUGAAGGAUUUACCAGCGAAGAAGACCAUCAAGCACUCGUUAAGGUUGAAAAACAAAUUAAAAAGCGUUUCCCUGUCGGAACGCAACUCACAGAAACGUCGAUUGUUCAAGAUUUGGUUCAAAGAGAUAUUCCAGAAAAGACUGUUCACAAAGUAUUGAACUGUAUGAUUCGUCGAGGAGAAAUUUCUUAUCGAGUUUCAAGAAAAAUUCUGUACAGAGUCAAAUAAUUUGCAGUCUGAUGGUAAAAAAUGAUUUUUAAUCGCACAUCCAUUAUUUUAAACAAUUUUUAUAACCGUAAAUGCGAAGUUUUCCCGAUUGAAUUUAAUGUUUAUUGUAAUGCUGUGAAACAGAUAAUUCCCAGUUCACAUGUAAGCAGAUCAAUUGUUUCAAGAACAAUCAUUGUUUUCAAUUUUUUCAAUUGAUUAGUAAAAUACCACAAAAAUCAAAUAUUAAUCAUUCUAUCUGUCAUUUAUUUUCCAAUUUUUGAAUAAACGAAUUACGAAUUAUUGAA